AUGUCGUUCAGUUACGUCGAUGCUCGGAUCUUCCGGCAGCAUAGUUUUCCGAAGAGGGGGAAGGGCGACAUUUAUCCGUCCAGCACUCCAGGUGACGCAUUCGGUUCUCAAACCGUUCGCCAACAGCCUGUAAUACAGCUGGCAAACGGUACUCCUCUGCGUUUGGCUACCUGCAAUCUCAUGGUCGACACUCGUCUGAGCGAAGGGGCAUGUCAUCUACCCCCAUUAGAUGCAAGCAGGACCACGAGCCGAGAUGAAGGCCUUCCAUCAAUAUCUACUAUCGGUGUCUUCGACUCACCGCGUGCGCGAUUCCAGUGGUCGUCACUGCAAGCUUAUUCCCAGAUGUCCGCACCGCCAGUCAUCAGUGUUGCUCCCGCUCGGUCCACGGUGACCCCCCAGGGUUACCGUAGUGACAGUAGCGACUACAGACACAGCUCAAUUUCACCCGCUCCAUCUGACGCUAGCUCACGCUCGCUGAAGAGGAGGGAGCCCGAUGACGACGUACGUGCUGCACCCCGCCAGAAGAUCAGUAGGGCGAGUUCUGCGGUCUUCAACACGCUGAUCACCCCGCUCUCUGCAUGCACGGUUAAUGACCAUAGAUCGUCCAGCCGCCGGCACAGAUCGAUUAGUGCUGGACGAACUCCGCAUGCUAGGCAGUCUAAGGCCCGGCCAGCCUCUAGCAGUGCUAAGAGACCGGCGGUCACUAUGAAUGCCGAGGAUGGAGAGGACAGCGAUGGCGCCGGCAUCAUGUCAAACGUGUCGGACGCAGGUUUCUCAGUGUUGGACAUUGGGGAAGCCGAGAAUUUCUGGAAGGAUUUCAUCACGAAUAAAGACGGCAAAAUAUCCUGCAAAUGGGUCGACCGAGCAACCGGCGUCUGCGGCUACUCAUCGAAGAAGCACCUCGUCAGACGCCACAUCGAGAACACUCAUCUGAAAAUAAAGUCAGGCUUCUCUGAAUGGUGUAGCAGCGACGCUGACGAUUUCCUUCAUCUGUAG